AUGGUGUGCAUUCCCUGUAUUGUCAUCCCUGUUCUCCUCUGGGUGUACAAGAAGUUCCUGGAGCCCUACAUCUACCCCGUCAUCGCGCCCUUCAUCAAGCGGGUUUGGCCCAAGAAAGCUGUGGAAGAAAGAACAACCACAGGAGGAGGCCAAGGAGCCAGCACUGGAAAUCCACGGGCACCUGCAGGCACCAAAAGAGAUCAGGAGGAUGAGUUGGGAAUUUACAGAUUUGAAAGCAAUGGUGUGGCCAAUGGAAUCAUUGCUGGGAGAUCCACGGAGGCUUCCGACAAGAAAAUGGAUUAA